AUGUGGCCAGAGCAGGCAGAUGUAUCUACAUGCUACCCACCUGAAACACCUGAAGAAGUUUUAACUACAGUUGUCAGUGAAGAAGCUACUUGUCCCAUAGAGAUCCGUAGGUUCGCUUCCCUUCCUAAACUUAUAAAUGUCACUAAGCUAAGUCAGUAUUUCCCAGAGGAGUUGUCAUACCUUAACAAGAAUUCCCACAAAAUUCCAGCCAGAAUUAAAUGCCUAGGCUUGUUCCUGGAUGAGAAUGGACUUUUGCGAUGCACUGGGAGACUACAAAAUGCGGACCACCUUCCAUAUAGCAGUAAAUUUCCUCUGCUUUUACCUCCAAAUUCUCCUUUGACUGGACUUAUAGUCAUUCAAGCACAUGAAAAUGUUCUUCAUGCAGGCGUUCAAGACACAAUUUGCAAGGUGAGAGAAGAAUACUGGAUACCAAGACUGAGACAGUGUGUCAAGAAGAUGAAAACGAAGUGCCACCUAUGUAACCGUCUGGAAGGACCUGCAUUGCGCAGGCCUCCUCCACCACCUCUACCCGCUUGCAGAGUGAACAGUCUCCGGCCAUUUGGCCAUUUUGCGGUGACCGGAGUAGAUUUGACUGGACAAAUUCUUAUCUGCAAUCCAGCCACUAAAGAACUAGACAAGGUUUACAUAGUCGUAUUCACUUGUACCUCAACACGAGCUUGUCACCUGGAAGUGGUAAAAGACUUAACCAGCACUGCUUUUCUCAAUUCCUUCAGGCGAUUCACUGCACGAAGAUCUUGCCCUCGUCGAAUGAUUUCUGACAACGCCACUAACUUCAAAACUGGUUCUUCCUUGAUUCAGUCCUUGUAUGAUGACACUGACAUACAGUCCACACUGACUAGGGAAAAUUGUAAAUGGACAUUCAUCACCCCUAGGGCGCCCCAUCAAGGAGGCUUCUAUGAGAGGAUGGUUGGCAGUGUGAAAUCAGCACUAAAGAAAGCUAUAUUCAAGAAGAGGAUUAAUUCUGACGAACUGAAUACCAUUGUCACUGAGAUAGAGCGUCGUAUUAACAAUAGACCUCUUACAUAUGUGGAUGCUACAUCUCCAGAUACCGUCGAUGCCCUUACCCCUUCCCACCUGUUGUAUGGCUACCGGUUAAACUCGUUACCCACUACCAUAGACCGGCAUUACCUGAAUGACCCAGAUUUUGAGCUUGACCACAAACAAUGUAAUGAGAGAUUCAAGUUUGUAUCUCAGGUAAUACAUGCAUUCCAAGAACAGUGGGAGAAGGAAUACUUGCAGUCCCUGAGAGAUAGACACUAUUUCAACGGUGAUCCAACCCAGCCGUUCCAAAUCAGGAUUAAAGUAGGAGAUGUGGUGUUAGUACAUAAUGACACCCCUCGUUGCAUGUGGAAAUUGGCAAGGGUCAUUCAGCUGAUGCCCAGCUCUGAUGGACUGGUCAGAGUUGUGAAGCUACAGACCAGCAAUGGAGAGACAACUAGGUCAGUUGACAAACUUUACCCGCUGGAGGUCUCUAAGCCAGAGGAUAUGUAUACUGUAGAAGCUGCGGAGAAAAAUUUAGGAGACAGUCAGAAUUCUGAAGGCUAUCAAGCAGAAGAGAGACCGAAGAGAAGAGCCGCCACCAACUCGAGGCGAUUCUUACAGCAGUUGAUUAAUGAUGAAGCUGUUUAA